CAGAAUUACACAUGGAUACUCUUCAGAUUUCUUACCAUGUGGGGGAACUAUUAUUUUCUUAUGAUCUUGACUGAGUUUUAAACAGUCAGUGCCCAACCCAAGUUCAAAGGCUGAUGAGAUAGCAAAACUCACGAGAUUUUACUCUAGGGAAAGUUGUUCAGUGGAUGGGAUCUUGGCGCACGGAGAAAGAUGUCACGCUCCUCCUGGCUCCUUCUCAGCCUUAUUGCUGUAACUGCUUCUCAGUCUUCCAUCGAGGAACUGGCCAAGACAUUUUUGGACAAUUUUAACCAGGAAGCUGAAGACCUGUCUUAUCAAAGUUCACUUGCUUCUUGGAAUUAUAAUACUAAUAUUACUGAGGAGAAUGCCCAAAGAAUGAAUGAAGCUGGGGCCAUAUGGUCUGCUUUUUAUGAAGAACAGGCAAAGCUUGCCAAAAUAUAUUCCCUACAAGAAAUUCAGAACCCCAUUCUCAAACGCCAAUUGCAGUUCCUUCAGCAGAGUGGGUCUUCAGCACUCUCAGAAGACAAGAGCAAACGGUUAAACACAAUUCUAAAUAAAAUGAGCACCAUUUACAGCACAGGAACAGUUUGUAACCCAAAUAAUCCACAGGAGUGCUUAUUACUGGAACCGGGUUUGGAUGACAUAAUGGCUAAGAGCACUGACUACAGUGAGAGGCUCUGGGUAUGGGAAGGCUGGAGGUCUGAGGUUGGCAAGCAGCUGAGACCAUUGUAUGAAGAAUAUGUGGUUCUGAAAAAUGAGAUGGCAAGAGCAAACAAUUAUGAAGACUAUGGAGAUUAUUGGAGAGGGGAUUAUGAAGCAGAGGGGGCAGACGGCUAUAACUAUAAUCGCAACCAGUUGAUUGAGGACGUGGAACGUACCUUUGCAGAGAUUAAACCAUUAUAUGAGCAUCUCCAUGCUUAUGUGAGAGCAAAGCUGAUGGAUAUUUACCCUUCUCAUAUCAAUCCAACUGGAUGCCUUCCUGCUCAUUUACUUGGUGAUAUGUGGGGUAGAUUUUGGACAAAUCUUUAUUCUUUGGUCAUUCCCUUUGAACAGAAGCCAAACAUUGAUAUUACUGAUGCAAUGGUACAGCAGGCCUGGGAUGCAGAUAGGAUAUUCAAGGAAGCAGAGAAGUUCUUUGUGUCUGUUGGCCUUCCUAAAAUGACUCAAGGAUUCUGGGAAAACUCCAUGCUAACUGAGCCAGGAGACAACAGAAAAGUGGUCUGCCACCCUACAGCUUGGGACCUGGGGAAGGGCGAUUUCAGAAUCAAGAUGUGCACAAAGGUGACAAUGGACAACUUCCUCACAGCUCAUCACGAGAUGGGACACAUCCAGUAUGACAUGGCAUAUGCCACCCAACCUUUCCUGCUAAGAAAUGGAGCCAAUGAAGGGUUCCACGAAGCUGUUGGGGAAAUCAUGUCACUUUCUGCAGUUACACCUAAGCAUCUGAAAUCUAUUGGUCUUCUGCCACCCAAUUUUCAUGAAGAUAAUGAGACAGAAAUAAACUUCUUACUCAAGCAAGCACUCACCAUUGUUGCAACGCUGCCCUUCACAUUCAUGCUAGAGAAGUGGAGGUGGAUGGUCUUUAGGGGUGAGAUUCCCCAAGAGCAAUGGAUGAAGACGUGGUGGGAGAUGAAGCGAGAGAUCGUUGGGGUGGUGGAACCUGUGCCUCAUGAUGAGACGUACUGUGACCCUGCAUCUCUGUUCCAUGUUUCUAAUGAUUUCUCAUUCAUCCGAUAUUACACAAGGACCAUUUACCAAUUCCAGUUUCAAGAAGCCCUUUGUAAAGCAGCUAAAUAUGAAGGCCCCCUGCACAAAUGUGACAUCUCAAAUUCUGUUGAAGCUGGACAUAAGUUGCUCAAUAUGCUGAGACUUGGAAAAUCAGAACCCUGGACUUUAGCUUUGGAAAAUGUAGUAGGAGCAAAAAAUAUGGAUGUGAGACCACUGCUCAACUACUUUGAGCCACUGUUUAUCUGGCUACAAGAACAAAACAAGAAUUCUUUCGUGGGGUGGAACACUGCAUGGAAUCCAUAUAAUGACCAAAGCAUCAAAGUGAGGAUAAGCCUGAAAUCAGCUCUUGGAGAUAAAGCAUAUGAAUGGAACGACAAUGAAAUGUAUUUGUUCCAGUCAUCUGUUGCAUAUGCUCUGAGAAAGUAUUUUUCAGCAACCCAAAACCAGACAAUUCCUUUUCGGGAGGAGAAUGUGAAGGUAGAGAAUUUGACACAAAGGAUCUCCUUCACAUUCUAUGUUACUAUGCCUAAUAACUCAUCUGACAUCGUCCCUCGAGAUGAAGUGGAAGCGGCUAUCAGGAUGUCCCGAGGUCGUAUUAAUGAUAUUUUCUGCCUGGAUGAUAACAGCCUGGAGUUUCUGGGCAUUAAUCCAACACUUGGACCUCCUUACCAGCCACCUGUCACUGUAUGGCUGAUUGCUUUUGGAGUUGUCAUGGGACUGGUAGUGAUUGGCCUUGUUUUCCUGAUCGUUGUUGGGAUCAGAGAACGAAGGAAGAGAUCUGAAAUAAGAAGGGAAGACAAUCCCUAUGCCUCGGUGGACAUCAGUAAAGGAGAAAUGAAUGCAGGAUUCCAGAACACUGAGGAUGUCCAGACAUCAUUUUAGAUAAACUCUUUUAUUUCCUGAGAUAAUUUUUACUAAAUAAAAUGAUAAAGAUAUCAUUAAAUGUCAAAACUCUGCCUCUGUUCAGGAAAAGUUGUCCAGAGACAACCUGACUGAGCAGUGAGCUCUCAGUGUUUAUUUCUGCCUCCACACUUCUUCUCUUUCCUAUUAGACAUCUUUAUGCUAGAGUAAAAUAGGCAAAGCAUAUCGCUGGCCUCACAGGGCUGUUGGGAAUGAAGGGAAGUGGAAUGGAGGGGGAUAAAGGAACAAUGGCUAUGGCAAAAAGGGAGAUGUAUCAUGGGUGUGACUGUCGUAUAUUGUUUGAAAUCUGUGGUUUCAGGGAUGGAGACUGGUGAAUACUGUUCACCUGAAUUGAAUCCAAGUCAUUUGUAACAGUUAUGGUUAGAAUGGACCAUGAUGGCGUCAAGGUGGCAAGUCUAAAGGAGAAAGAGAAUCCAGAGAUCAGGUAGAGGAGAUUGCCUUUUCCUGACAGUACAAACCUGACACAGGGGUUUCCAUGAACUCAUGUGAGCUUGCCUGUUAGAAUCUUACCACCAUUAUUUUCUAUCUGGGGUGAGUGGAAAUUCCAAGCAAAUGUUCCCCCUCUAAAGUGGAUCUUUUGUAUUAACCCACAGUGUAUGAGGCAUGCUGCA